UGGGGGUCUCGAUUGGAAUUUCCUCGUGUUUAGUUUACUUUAGAAAAAAUGAUUGUGAUGAUGAUGAUGAUGAUGAUGAUGAUGAUGAGUGGCAGAGAGACAAAACUCUCGCUAUAAAUACUUGCGAAUGAGCCAAGGAUGAAUAGGACAGAGAGAUAUAAAUAAAUGAAGGAAAAAUUAAUUGCUUUAUUAUUAUUGUCACUGAUUGUGACGAAUUAUGAGGCUGAAUCAGUGACAGUGACGGAAGUGAAGGCGGGAAAUUUGGCUGAAUUACCCUGCCCGAGUAAUGAUGAUCAUCAUCGAUUUAUGUUUUGGCAAUUGUCGGACGAAAAAAUUAUUGUCGGUCCCGGAAAUCCGAUCGAUCAAGAAAAAUAUAAUUACGAAGUUCUCACUGGUAAACUACUCAUUAGGGGAGUUUCGACAUUGGAAUCUGGUUUUUAUAAAUGUUUUUCACGGGGACUUAAUGACGCCUCGUCAAUUAAUAUCCGCGCGGUGGAAUUAAUUGUCACAAAGGAAAUAAAUCCAGAAAGUAAUUUUGAGAGAAAUCUUUUGAGAGGAUUAACAACAGUUAUGUUAAUACUCGUGGCAAUAGCAAUUAUUCUUCUUAUAAUUGUUUAUCGGAAAAAGAAAACUCAUCGAUUUUUUGAAAUGGACGAGUCUCGUGAAAAUUCACCGGCGAAAUAUAAUGAUAAAAUAUCCAAUACAACAAUAACGACGCCAACAACGAGAACAAUGCCAAUGCCAACAACUUCUUCGGGAAAAAUUGGUGUCGAUAAUUCGGGUCUUGAUGUGGAUUUUCCAAAAGUUUUCGUUCACAUGCAAAAGGAAGAGCCACUUUUUUGAGAGAGAGAGAGAGAAAGAGAGAGGCAAAAAAGAAAAAAAAGAGGGGAAAAUAUAUUUCUAAAUCGGAAUAAAAUUUUCUUUUCAGAAAUUUUUUUUUUUCCGAAUUAGUUUAAGAAAGCUAACAAGGCUGUGUAGUUAAAGUUAUUAAUUAUUGAUACUAAAAAAAAAAUUGUAAAUAUAACUUUCGUAUUUUAAUUUUAAUCAAAAUAAAAAUUUUACUUACAAAAAAAAA